CACUUACACCCAAUCACACCCACUCAGUGGCACGCUCUGAGACAUGUUAUGACAUCUCUAGUACUUCGUCUCGGGAAUAUAGAAACUAUUUACCUGUAAAAGCUACCUAUAAAAUCUAACUAAAAAUCCAACUAUAAAACAUGGUAGGAACGCUGCCACUUCAGGGGCUCCAAGUCCUUGAAUUUGCUGGUCUCGCACCCGGGCCUUUUGCGGGGUUAUUCCUGGCAGAUGCCGGCGCCAAGGUCCUUCGUAUUGAUCGUGUAACUGGGACUCAAGAUCCAACACCAGAUUUGCUCGCAAGGCAUAAAUCCUCCAUCGCCGUGGACCUAAAAUCAUCGAAUGGCGUUGGACUUAUCAAGGAACUAGCCAAGACAGCCGAUGUAAUCAUUGACCCAUUCCGCCCAGGCGUAUUAGAAAAGCUCGGCCUCGGUCCGGAGGUUCUGUGUACUUUGAACCCUCGUCUGAUAUACGGGCGCAUGACGGGCUUCCGCCGAGAUGGGAAAUACGCCGCCAUGGCCGGUCACGACAUCAACUACAUUGGAGUCUCCGGGAUGCUCUCUCUACUAGGCCGGAGUGGUGAGAAGCCACACCCACCCAUGAACUUCAUUGAUUUCGCCGCUGGUGGCGCCAUAUUAGUCCAGGGCAUCUUGCUCGCUAUCAUCACCAGGGAAAGAACAGGAAAGGGGCAAGUUGUAGAGGCGAAUAUGGUGGACGGAACUAGUUAUCUUGCGACUUCUUUGCGACAAAAUCUGAAGACACCAUACGGGGAUCAUCCGCGCGGUGAGAAUUUGUUGGACGGCGGUAGUCCUUAUUACGAUACAUAUGAAACGAAAGAUGGAGGCUACAUGGCAGUGGGCGCGUUAGAACCACAAUUCUACGCUGCUUUGAUCGCUGGACUGGGCUUGGGUGGCCAGAAUUGGGAGAAGCGGCGUUACGACCGAGAAACCUGGCCAGAAAUGAGACGGCAGUUCGAGGCGAUAUUCAAGUCAAAGACACGCUCAGAGUGGGAGGCAAUCUUUGAUGGAACGGAUGCUUGUUGCACACCCGUCCUGGGAUAUCCAGAGCUAGAAACAAAUGCCGGCCGCGAAGGCGAUCAACGCCCAGUGGUCGCGUUACGUGAGACACCAUGUCUGGCGGUCAAUCAGAAGGGCGCUGAUCCAAGUAUCCACGGACAGGGCCCUGGUAUUCCCGGGGGCGGCUAUAUUGGCCACGCUCUCGCCCCAGGCCAAGGAGGCGAAGGUGCUCUGAGCAGCUGGUACAACUGGACCAAAGGCAAGGACUUUGAUGUUAAAGAUGGGGGCGUGGUGAUGGUAAAAGACAAAUCUAAAUUAUAACCAAAAGGAAAAGGUCUAACGAGAACGUGGCAAACGAAACUGGCAAAUCAACCCUCUAAUAUCGACCCAAGCAAGCACACACUUUUAGACGCCGUUUUCCACCUUCUAACCCCUUGACCGCAACGUUGGGAGCCCCAUCAGCUGACGCCAAGCUGAUACGAGGAAGCUCGCUCUUCACACAUGUCUACUUCCCACGACCACAUAACAUGCUCUAGAAACUUUUUUCCUUCUGACUCUCGGCCGAGCCUUUUCGAGAGGUCCAUUGACCCCAUUCUAGCAUAAAUCUGACUUCAUAACAACGAUUAUGAGUUCAGAAAGGUUCUCGUAGAAAGGGACAAAUGAUCUCCUCUCACUUUUUAGAGGAGCCGAGACUUUCUUCUCUCAGAUCAGACGUAAUGAUGCUGUUUGGAAUCUUCCAGAAGCCGAUUUGAUCAACAAGAUGAUCUGCUGGGACUUGGCGGUGGCGGAGGCGGUGGAGACGGAGGGUCGCUUCUGGACUGGUUUUCCAUAUUAUCGUCGGAACGUUUGUUUCUAGAAUGCGU